CCACGAUUGUAUUUCUUUGGUGUAUUUUGGGAUCACAACCCUGAAACUUAAUCAAGACAACAUCUCAUCUUCCCACCCUGUUGGUAAAAUCAACCAACACCUUUUUUUAUUUGCAGAUGGUACUACUAUAAAAGCUAUAUCGGAAAAUGUUGUAGUGAAUCCUGGCGGAGAUGCGGUGUUAUCUUGUACCGUAGAAGGAAAACCGUUAACCGAGGAACACAUUAAAUGGGAGAGAGUGGCGUAUGACAUUGCAUCAAGAACCACAACGUCAUUUGUAAAUGGAACCUCAUAUCUGCAUAUAAAAGACGCAAGUCGCGAUGACGUCGGAAGUUUUCGGUGCAUUGCUGAUAAUCGUGUUGCAAAUCCGACAAAUCGCGAUGUUCAACUCAUUGUCAAAUUUGCACCUGAAAUCGAUAAAUCGCCAACUUUUUUACGCGCAGCGAGUGGUACAGGUGAACGAGGACGCCUACCAUGUCGCGCCCAAUCUGCCCCAAAACCAAACUUCAUAUGGCGUCAAGAAAGCAAAGACCUUCCAGUAAAUCGCACAUAUAAGUAUGAGGUUGAAGAAAAGAAAAUUGAUCCCCUGACCUAUGAAUCCACUCUUAUCAUUGAAAAAGUGGCACCGGCCGAUUAUGGAGCUUAUGAAUGUGUGGUAACGAAUGAAUUGGGUCAGGCUACGGAAUCUAUUCGGUUGGACAUUACUUCCCAGCCAGAUACUCCACUUAGUUUGAAUAUACUUAAUGUAACACACGAUAGUGUAACUUUAGCAUGGACUCCGGGAUUUGAUGGAGGAUUAAAAGCUUCAUAUAGAGUUCGAUACAGGAUCAACUGUUUGUGAGCAGAAUACAUCGCGAUGAGACCUCUAUCUAUGGCGCAUAAUAUGGAGAAGCUGGUUGGCUCCGAAAAUUGGUCAACAUGGAGUUUCGCAAUGCGUACGCAGCUUGAACUGGAAGAUGCGUGGAGCCUGAGGGGACUCAAGGACUAGACGCUGCAAAGCAUAGGAAUGCGCGAUGCAAGAUUAUCUGGGCUUUAGACAAGAGCUUAUUAUAUGUCCACGUAAAGGACGCAAUGACUUUAUGUCAGUAUCAAAUGCAUUUAGCGGUAUACAAUAAUGCAUAAAAAAUUACUUUUGUCUAACUUUAGAACUUUUCAGAUGUAUUUAAUAGAAAAUAAGCUGGAUCCGCAAAGUGGUUCCAAACCUUAAAGCAACGUGUUUUA